UUGAUAUUGUUUUAUAUCUUGGCAGACAAGGAAUAGCGUUUAGAGGACACCGUGAAGAUGAGACAUCAGUUAAUAAGGGUAAUUUUAAAGAAAUGUGUGAAUUUUUAUCAAAACAUAAUCCAGACUUUUGCAAUGUAUAUAAAAAUACCUUAUUGAACCAUACAAGUUGGAGUAUACAAAAUGAACUGAUAGAGACGUGUGCUGCAAAUGUUAAAUCUACCAUUAUACAAAAAAUUAUAGAUUGUGGAAUGUUCAGUAUCUCGUGUGAUGAGGCUAGGUCUCACAAACAAGAGCAAUUAAGUAUUUGUGUAAGAUAUCCCCACGGAAUGGACAUCUAUGAACGAUUUUUAGGAUUUGUUGACGUAUCAGAAAAGCAAACUGCAGAUGCUUUGGUUUUAAAAUUGGUUGAAUUUUUAAAUGCAUCUAAAUUAGAUAAAAUUCCCAUCAUAGGACAGGCAUAUGAUGGAGCAAAUGUCAUGUCAGGUCACAUAGGAGGUGUUCAAGCAAAAUUGAAAAUAGUUCACCCUCCAGCUAAAUGUGCAGUAUAUGUACAUUGUAUGGCACAUAAGAUUAAUUUAGUAGUUAUUGAUAUGUGCAAGCACUUAAAGGAUGCUAGAAACUUAUUUAACGCUUUGGAGGCACUCUAUGUUCAUUUCUCUCAUCCAACAAAAAACGGGAAACUUACUGAUUUACAAUUUAAAUUGAAUAUGAAAAAGACAACACUUUCUCAGUUAAGUGACAUUCGUUGGAUUUGCCGCUUUAAAAGCUGGAUAAAAAAUUUUAAUGCCAUAGCUAAAGUUUUAAAUGAUGAAAUUGAUGAUCAACAAAGUAAAUGUGUUGCCCAAGCAAUUAGUAUAUUAUGA